CUCUCUCUCUCUCUCUCUCUCUCUCUCUCUCUCUCUCUUCCCAACCCCAUGGAGGGGUUAGAGGGGGCGCUGCGCCCCUUUGGAUUCCCAAAGGGUCGUCGGAGACCGAGGAUCCGAAGAGCCCUUCAUCUUCGCCGCCUAGUAGGUCCUUCCAGAAAUAUAGCACCUGGCACAGAUCAAGGCAGGGAUGGUAAUCAGGAAGAAAUGCUUGAUCUUUCUCUAGUUCAGUGUAACAUGCCUUGGAACGACAGAGACACUACUGAGGUUAUGCUGAAAACUGCGGAAGUGCCUGUCAUUGAAGUUGACUCAGCUACUGAUAUUCAUUCGGUGGAUUUCUGCAAGGACAGCCUCACUAAUAAAGCACGGGAUGGUGGAUCAUAUUUGAAUGGUCAUAUUGUAACCGACUCUUCUGCUGGACCAUCAUCAGCUAGUUCUGAGACGUCGGUAGUUCCGCCCAUUGAAUGCACUGCUUCUUGGUUACUUCCAGGAAACGUGGUUUGGGCUAAAACUGCUUGUCAUGAAUGGUGGCCUGCUGAGGUCAUGGAAGCAAGAGUUGCUCUUGAAUGCACUAGAAACUAUUCUUCUCGCCAUGUUUUGGUGCAGCUUUAUGGGAGCCUUGAACAUGAAUGGGUAGAUCCAGAUAGAGAUCUAUCGGAGUUUGACUGUUGCUAUGAAGAAAGGAGCAAAAAUCCUUUAAAAUCAUUCCAAGAAGCUCUUAAGCAGGCCUUGUGCAAGCAUUCGCUUGCAAGCUCGCGAAACUCGCCACAGAGAUCUUCUCCAGAGCUGAAUAACUUGGUUGAAUACGGCAAAAAACUUGAUCUAAGUGAGUGCGCCGAAGAAGGUAGAGGGAAAAGGAAAAAGAAGAGGAAGAUUCAUUUUGAUGAAUUGACCUUCACCCAGAAAUCGAAAAGAAAAGAUCGACGCCUAAGAAUAAUGAGGGGGAAAUGGAAAGGUGCACAGCUAGCCCUAGUACUGGUUCUUAGCAUAUCCCUGAGAUGCCAAGGAAGCAAAAGAGAGAGAGAUCUAGAAAGGGGAGGGAGAAAAAACUAAAGAAGGGCGGUGGUGGCGGCGGCGGCGGCGGCGGCGGCGGCAUAUCCUAAGAAGAUGCCCAUCUCCUGCCUUUGACCCAUGUUUCCUUCUCUCACUAUGUAUGUUUAUAUAGAAGUCUUUCACUGUGUAUGUACACAUUCAACAACAUUAGUCACAAAACUCUCUCCCUCCCUCUCUCUCUCUCUCUACUGGAUUCUUUGUGGGUGCAACUAAGCAAUGGUGCUCACCUUGAACAUGGCAUUGUUCCAGUCUCUUUAGCAAUGAAUUGUCGCGUCGAGGAGCAAAAAGAACGGUGGAGGCCGCCGGCUACGACGCACGCCUUUCGAUGACAGAGGGUGGUUGGUUUCUUCUCCCUCUCUAUCUCCUGCAGGGCAACUCAAAUCCUUUGACCUCUCUCUCUCUCUCUCUCUCUCUCUCUCUCUCUCUCUUCUGCAGGGCAACUUUAAACCUUUGGCAUUCCUUCGAUUCAUAAUAUUUACAGCAGUUGGUGUUGUAGCUAUCUAAUUUAUUAACUGCAACAAAAUAAAGGGUCUUUGUUGAA